AUGGGUGUGCACGAAGAAAACCAUACUCUCUUAACCGAUGAUACUAACGCAGGGAUUGACAUAGGACAAUAUGGUACGCAUCCCCAUCCAUCCACGUCCCAGCUUGACGACAAGAAUUUACAAGAUGGUGCUUUAAGAAAAGGAGUACCGCCAAAAUUACUGUCCCCUGAAAUCUUGGCCUUGUUAAUGCAAUACGCUGGUAUCGGGUUUGUUAAUGGAGCGCUACCAGCUGUCAUCUAUCCUAUGCUGCAAGGGUAUCUCAACGCUGAAGGAACCAUAAUCGUAUCCGCUACCCUGUUAGUACAGCUGCCGUGGUCCUAUAAAGUGUUCUUGGGGGUGCUGAGCGAUUGCUUUCCAGUUGGAGGGUUUCGUCGACGACCGUACAUGCUGAUCGGAUGGUUGCUCUGUUGCUGCAUGCUCUUCAUCAUGGCGGGUUUCCCUGAAACAGCACCGUACUACGGCGACCCGAGCAUGCACUUUUCUAGCCCUGACGAAUGGACAGAGACACAGCGCAAGAGUAUUAAUGCCGACGCACCUAGUGCGGCGGGCAAGUACGUGAUUCCAAUGAUGAUGGUCGCCUUUGGAUGUUUGCUAGUAGAGGUUCCCGCUGACGCUGUCACUAUUGAGUACUCACAACGCGAGCCAACAAACACGCGCGGUCAUCUGCAGUCGUGGAUACAUAGUCUCCGCAUGGGGUUCAACGCUUUGGGAGCUCUCGUAGUUGCAGUCGCAUUUAACAGUGCCGAGUAUGGUGGCUCUUUCGACUUUUCGCUCACUUUUCCGGGAUUGAUGUUUUCCAUGGGCUGUGUGUGCUUGCCUCUUGGACCUGCCGCUUGGUUUCUUGUCUAUGAGAAUAAAGUUGAGCCACCCAAGUUUCGCGUGUACAUGGCUCAGUUUUGGAAAGUCUUACAAAAGCGAGCUGUGUACCAAGUUACUGCCUACAAAUUCUUCUCGGGUGUCUUCAACAACUUUAACAUUGUUUCUGCAAGUAAUAUCAAGUUGUUCUGGGUCCAUGCCACACCAUUCAAUGCGAGUAUAAUGGCGAUCGUUGGAGCCUUCACCUACGCUGGAACAUUGGCUGUUAUGGCGCAGCGUGGUCUACGCUGGAAUUGGCAUAUUGCUAUCGCUGCAAGUGUCAUCUUCGGCGUUGUCACUGAUUGUAUGAUGACAAUGCUUGUCACAUGGGACAUUAAUCGCAGCCAAUGGUUUUGGCUUGGAGUUCCAGUCAUUGGAGAAGUUCCACACGCUGCGCGCUUCAUUAUAAGCAACUACAUCGUGGUAGAGCUCAUUGAAGAGGGCACUGAAGGUGCACUGUACGGGUUGUUGACGACUACGAAUCACAUAGCCGCUCCCUUUGGCCGCACUACUGCCAAGAUCAUCAAUGCACAUUUUCAUGUUUGGAAAGACGACAUCGUGGCUGACACGUACGAGACGCGCCGAGAUGUGACUAUCACCAUUUGGCUUUGCUACGGCAUGAAAUUAGUGUCACUGAUCUUUUUACCAUUGCUUCCGAACCAGAGGGGUACGACGCAAACUCUUCGUCGACAAGGUGGUGUGAGUAAGCGUAUGGGUAUGUGGAUGGUGAUGAUCCUUAUAAUUGCAUUAGUCUGGUUUACUAUCGUGAACGUGCUUAGUAUGAACCCCUCGACACAAUGCUGGGCAGUUACAGGAGGUUGUGAGCCAGACAAUUAA